AUGGCUUCGCCGAGCCGACUGCCUUCCUUGCGCCGGCCGGCCGGGAGCAGUCGGCCAGUGUCCAUGAUUGAAGGUCCGACGAGUAAUGUGCCCGCCUUACAUUCUGGCUUGAGAGACACAGAGCCUUCGGAGAUGCUGAAGAGACGGAGUUUGCUGCCGCAAUUCCCUCGUGGAGUUGUGGGCGAGGGACACGAGGGCCAGGGGAGCACAGAAGCCGAUCUCGACAGGACAAGCGCCAGUCCGCGCCAGUCAGAUGGCCACAAAAGCUCUGGUGAAGCCGACCGAAGGCGAGCAUUGAAUGGAGGAAAAGCAGAUAUGCCGCCGCCUGCGCCGAAAGCGGCAAGGCCUAUGUCCAUGGUUCCGCCGCGAGGCUCGAGCCAAAGCAAGCUCCCUAGCAGUCGCACACACGCUCGCAAGGAGUCUAAAGAGAAUGCCGUGGACAUUGCAGCGGCAAGGGCACAAUCAUUAGCGGCGCUGAGUGGAGCAGCACCAGCAACGCGUUUGCUCGCGGACGAUUUGGGCUUGAAGAGGUCGAACUCGACGAGAUUGCCACAGACGCUGCGUGCUGGGGGUCCUAUGAUACCAUCACGGACCACCAGUGCGAAGCCCAAGGACGAGACUGCAAGUAAGAAACCGAGAAGCCGGGCGGGUCCUCCGAGCGAUGCCACGACACGGGACCAGUUCUCGUCUACUCCCCGCGCAUCCAUUACUCCUACUCUACCAAGGACCUCCACUGAGGCUUCCGCCGCGCGACAGAAUCGUGCUUCCGUGAUCAUCCCUACUCGACAAGGCAGUCGGCUUGAAACCUCCCCGCCUUCGCGCUCAUCACGACCCAGACCAGCCUCACAGAUCAUUGCGCCGAGUAUGAAGCCAGCAUUCACUACGUUCCAGCAACACUACUCUCCCGCCAAAUCGUCAUUACCCAAACCCCCGAUACCAUCUACCAAGCCUUCGCAUAAGCUCUCGAUAAACGCUUCAGAAGACGAUGAGGCCGUAAGCUUCGAAACCAUGAAGCAGCAAAUCGAACUUCUGCAGCUGUCGUUACUCCACCAAGCCUCGCAUCAAUGCUUGGACGAAUACACUGCCAGCGCCCGACGCAAGCUUGGCAAAGUGCAUUCCAGAUUGCGGAGAGAGUACGAGAGUUUGCGUGCAAUGGAGCUGGUGCAGCAGCGUGCAGCUAAUCUGUCCGCCCUGGAUGCUUGGUGUCCAGACCCGGCACUUCUCGUUGAGAAUCUGCAGAUCCUGGCUCUGGUCUAUUCUGACAUAUCGUCGUUGAUGGAAGAGGGCAGCCGGCAUGGGGAUGUGGUCUCCAUGUUCGAGUUAUGGAUAGCCGAAGCGGAGCGGUCGGAGGCGGGCAGCUUCGUCCAGCCUCUGCCAGACGACUGGCGAUCUUCGCAUGGCACUUUGCUGCUGAAGCUGAGAUCUAUCCAGCGGAAUUUGCGGGUGUUGCCUACGGCGAAGUCGUCGGGGAUCGAAAGCUCUGGGAUAGAGGUUGUCCUGAGAACUUGCAAGACAUUGGUGGAGGAUAUGCUGGGGGAAUUAGAGGUCAUGGCCAAGUUGGAGAGGGAGAUGCUGGCGAGGGAGAAGGGCAAGGUGGAGAGGGAGGUCGAUGCGAUGCUUAUGAAUAAUGAUGUGAACGUCAAGGAGAACUGGGUUCCCGUAUGGCAGAAAGUGGCCUAG